CGGGCAUCCAGCUGUCAAAUAUUAAGCUAGAUCGUGCUGGAUGAGUGAGAUUCCAGGACCCGAGAUUUGGGUCGAUGAUAUAUUCGCUUCCAUCCUAGACUGGUGAACUGUUCUGCAACACUAUAACCUGCCUAGCUCCCGUGCUGCAACACUCAACUAGGUAUCGACCAGGAAGCGGAACACAGCAAUGUCAGCCAAGGCCGCUGGCGAGUCCAUCGCCCAAUGGCGGGCUCAAGUCACCGCCAUGAAAGCCGCCAUUGCAGCUUUAGACUUGUCUACUAGGAGCGGCAGCGGGAAUGACCAUCAUGAAGACGACGAUGACUCUGGCUCCUCCAGCCCCGGAGCCUUAGGCCACGAUGUUUGGGAUUUCAUCUCUGACGAUGAGCUGGAUGAGAUCGACUUCGAGGACGAGCCAGACUUUGGCGGUGAUGCUUCAGACUCUCCAUACGGCGCACAGUGGCUAGCAUCUCGAUGUGGCCAGGUCACCGCACGAAAGGGCGGGCUCUCUUCGGGCCCGCUACAGGAUCAGAUCCUGGUUCUCCUGAGGUCGAGCCGGUCCGAGGAAGAGCUACAACCCGCCUUGACAGAUCUGCUAGGGUUUGACGACCUGGAUUUCGUUAUCGACCUCAUUUCCAACCGCCAAGCGGUCCUUGCCGGGAACCAGCCGGAGCCUGACGGAGCCCUUGCCGGACCGGGUGGCUCGCGGCUCCUCAACAAGUCACAGAGGGAAGAAGCACUCCGACGACAGGACUUCAAGCAUAAAAACACCACCUUGGCGGCUGCCGGCUUCAAGGAGCCCCAGUACCCUCACGUCUACCGGGCCUUCAACCCUGGAAACUCCCUGAAUCACGCCGGAAAGCGGUAUGCCCUGCCUGUGGGCAGCGAGCGUCUCGAGUUCCCCAAGUAUGAGGAGUACUCCAUCCCUGCUGGCAAGCCCGGAGCGCUUUGGCCCGGACAUACUCUGGUUCCCAUCGCAGAUAUGGACGGCCUCUGUCAGAGGACGUUUCGAGGCUACAAGUCGCUGAACCGCAUGCAGAGUCUGGUGUACCCAAUCGCGUACAAGACAAGCGAGAACUUGCUCGUCUGCGCACCCACCGGUGCGGGAAAGACCGACGCUGCCAUGCUCACCAUCUUGCACACCAUCAGCCAAUACGUGACACCGAAUCCCCUCGAGAACAUGACGGCCACCGAGUUCGCCGUCCAGGCCGAGGACUUCAAGAUCGUGUACGUGGCGCCCAUGAAGGCCCUGGCGGCCGAAAUCACGGGAAAGCUGGGCAAGCGGCUUGCCUGGCUUGGCAUCCGCUGCCGUGAGUACACAGGAGAUAUGCACCUCACCAAGGCCGAGAUCGUGCAAACCCAGAUCAUCGUCACGACGCCAGAAAAGUGGGAUGUGGUGACGCGCAGGGGCACCGGCGACACGGAGCUUGUUCAAAAGGUGCGCCUGCUCAUCAUCGACGAGGUGCACAUGCUCCAUGACGAGCGUGGUGCCGUGCUCGAAUCGCUGGUGGCCAGGACCGAGCGCCAAGUCGAGAGCACCCAGUCCCUGAUCCGCAUCGUCGGGCUCAGUGCCACGCUGCCCAACUUCAUCGAUGUUGCCGACUUCCUCAAGGUCAAUCGCUACCAGGGGCUGUUCUACUUUGAUGCGUCCUUCCGCCCCGUACCGUUAGAGCAGCACUUUAUCGGAGUCAAGGGAAAAGCAGGAUCAAAGCUAUCAAGGGAGAACCUCGACGAAGUUGCCUUUGACAAGGUCAGGCAGAUGCUCGAGCGAGACCACCAGGUCAUGGUGUUUGUACACUCACGACGAGACACUAUGCAGAGCGCCAAGAUGCUCUAUGAAAAGGCCGUCGACCAGGUCUGCGUCGAUCUUUUCGACCCCAGUAACCACCCGAGGUAUGAAAACGCGGUCCGGGAUAUGAAGACAUGCAAGGCGAGGGAGCUGCGGGACCUGCUCCCCAAAGGACUCGGCAUCCACCACGCCGGCAUGUCACGCUCGGAUCGGAACCUUAUGGAGCGUCUCUUUGCCGAGGGCGUCCUCAAGGUUCUCUGCUGUACGGCAACGCUUGCUUGGGGUGUUAACCUGCCGGCUGCGGCUGUCGUCAUCAAGGGUACCCAGGUCUACAGUGCACAGGAAGGAAAAUUUGUCGACCUGGGCAUCCUCGAUGUGCUCCAGAUUUUUGGUCGUGCCGGUCGCCCACAGUUUGAGGACACAGGUAUCGGCAUGAUCUGCACAACGGCCGACAAACUGCCUCACUAUCUCACCGCUGUUACGGAUCAGUUGCCGAUCGAGUCCAGGUUCUCCUCGAAACUGGUCGAUAACCUCAACGCCGAGAUUUCACUGGGGACCGUCACUUCUAUAGCAGAGGCGGUGCAAUGGAUCGGCUACUCGUACCUCUUUGUGCGCAUGCGCAAGAAUCCCAUGGCCUAUGGCAUUGGUUGGGCCGAGUUUGAACAGGACCCCGAGCUCGUGCAGAGGCGGCGAGAACUGGCGAUCCAAGCGGCACGAACACUUCAGCAGAACCAGAUGGUCAUCUUCAACGAGACGACCGAAGAGCUUCGCAGCAAGGAUAUUGGGCGCAUCUCCAGCCAGUUCUACAUCCUUCACUCCAGCAUCCAGGUGUUCAACAAGAUGAUGACGCCUCACGCGACCGAGGCCGAUAUUCUCAAGAUGAUAUCGAUGAGUAGCGAGUUUGACAACAUUCAGUCGCGGGACAGCGAGGCCAAGGAGCUCACGCGCAUGAGGCACGAACCCCGGAUUGUGCCGUGCGAUGUAAGCGAGGGCAUCGACACCCCUCAGGCCAAGACAAACAUCCUGCUACAGGCCUACAUCUCCAAGGCGCAGCCCGAGGACUUUGCCCUGACCAACGAUCUGAACUAUGUGGCCCAGCAGGCCGGACGUAUCUGCCGGGCGCUGUUCAUGAUCGCGCUCAACCGCCGCUGGGGACACCAGUGCCUUGUGCUGCUCACGCUGGCAAAGUCCAUCGAGAAGCGCGUGUGGCCUUUCCAACACCCGCUGCACCAGUUCGAGCUCCCCAAGCCGAUUUUGAACCAACUGGACGCCAAGGAGGCGCUGACAAUCGGCGCCCUGCGCGACCUGGAACCGGCCGAGAUCGGGGGGCUUGUUCACAACCACGGCGCGGGUACCAAGGUGGCCAACAUCCUCAGCCACUUUCCCACCAUCAGUGUCGAGGCAGAGAUAGCGCCUCUGAACCGCGACGUCCUACGCAUCCGGCUCUACCUCUACCCGGACUUCCGCUGGAGCGAUCGCAUCCACGGCACGUCCGAGUCCUACUACGUCUGGGUCGAGAACUCGGAGACGUCGCAGAUCUACCACCACGAGUUCUUCAUCCUCAGUCGCCGCAAGCUGCACGACGACCACGAGCUCAACUUCACCAUCCCACUCGCGGACCCGUUGCCGACCCAGAUCUACGUGCGCGCCGUCUCGGACCGCUGGCUGGGCGCCGAGACAGUGACGCCCGUGUCGUUCCAACAUCUGAUCCGGCCCGACACCGAGAGCGUCUACACGGACCUGCUGGACCUGCAGCCGCUGCCCAUCACGGCCCUCAAGAACCCGGCGCUCGAGGAGGUCUACGCCCAGCGCUUCCAGUACUUCAACCCCAUGCAGACGCAGAUCUUCCACACUCUGUACCACACCCCGGCCAACGUGUUGCUGGGCUCGCCCACGGGCAGCGGCAAGACGGUGGCCGCCGAGCUGGCCAUGUGGUGGGCCUUCCGUGAGCGCCCGGGCUCCAAGGUGGUCUACAUUGCGCCCAUGAAGGCGCUGGUGCGCGAGCGUGUCAGGGACUGGGGCGCCCGCCUUGCGAGGCCCAUGGGCCUGAAGCUCGUCGAGCUGACGGGCGACAACACGCCAGACACGCGCACCAUCAAGGACGCCGACGUCAUCAUCACGACGCCCGAAAAGUGGGACGGUAUCUCGCGCAGUUGGCAGACGAGGGGCUACGUCCGCCAGGUCAGCCUCGUCAUCAUCGACGAGAUCCACCUGCUGGCUGGCGACCGCGGGCCCAUCCUCGAGAUCAUCGUGUCGCGCAUGAACUACAUCGCAGCCUCGACCAAGAGCUCGGUCCGGCUGCUGGGCAUGUCGACGGCCUGCGCCAAUGCGACGGACCUGGGCAACUGGCUCGGCGUCAAGGAGGGCCUCUUCAACUUCCGCCACUCAGUCCGCCCUGUGCCACUCGAGCUGUACAUCGACGGCUUCCCCGAGGUCCGCGGCUUCUGCCCGCUGAUGCAGUCCAUGAACCGCCCGACCUUCCUGGCCAUCAAAAACCACAGCCCGGACAAGCCCGUCAUCGUCUUUGUGCCGUCGCGCCGCCAGACCCGUCUGACGGCCAAGGAUCUGAUCAACCUGUGCGGCAUGGAGGACAACCCCCGGCGCUUUCUCAGCAUGGAUGAGGACGACCUGCAGCUCAACCUGGCGCGCGUCAAGGACGACUCGCUCAAGGAGGCCAUCAGCUUCGGCAUCGGCCUGCACCACGCCGGCCUGGUCGAGUCGGAUCGCCAGCUGUCCGAGGAGCUCUUCCUCAACAACAAGAUCCAGAUCCUCGUCGCCACCAGCACGCUGGCCUGGGGCGUCAACCUGCCGGCCCACCUCGUCGUCGUCAAGGGCACGCAGUUCUACGACGCCAAGGUCGAGGGCUACCGCGACAUGGACCUGACCGACGUGCUGCAGAUGCUGGGCCGCGCCGGGCGGCCCCAGUUCGACAACUCGGGCGUCGCCCGCAUCUUCACGCAGGACUCCAAGAAGGACUUUUACAAGCACUUUUUGCACACGGGCUUCCCCGUCGAGAGCUCGCUGCACACGGUGCUGGACAACCACCUGGGCGCCGAGGUCUCGGCCGAGACCGUCGUGACCAAGCAGGACGCGCUCGACUACCUGACGUGGACCUUCUUCUUCCGGCGCCUGCACAAGAACCCGUCCUACUACGGGCUCGAGAUCGCGGCCGAGCAGCAGACCAGCAUCGCGGCGCAGGAGGCGGCCAACGACUUUAUGAUAUCCAUGGUCGACAAGUCGCUCUCUGAGCUGGCCGAGUCGCGGUGCGUCGACGUCUACCCCAACGGCGACGUCGACCCGACGCCGCUGGGCAAGAUCAUGAGCUACUACUACCUCUCGCACAAGACCAUCCGGCACCUCGCCCGCCACGCCCGCGCCGGCGCCAGCUUCGCCGACGCGCUGUCGUGGAUGUGCCGCGCGACCGAGUACGACGAGCUCCCCGUGCGGCACAACGAGGACCUCAUCAACGCCGAGCUCUCGCGCGCGCUCCCCAUCCCGGCCGACGACGCCGCCUUUGGCGGCCUGCCCAUGUGGGACCCGCACGUCAAGGCGUUCCUGCUGCUGCAGGCGCACAUGUCGCGCGUCGGCCUGCCCAUCACCGACUACGUCGGCGACCAGACCAGCGUCCUGGACCAGUCCAUCCGAAUCAUCCAGGCCUCCAUCGACGUGCUCACCGAGCUGGGCUACCUGUCGAGCUGUCUCGAGAUGAUCAAGCUGCUGCAGUGCGUCAAGUCGGCGCGCUGGCCCACGGACCCUCCGCUGUCCAUCCUGCCCGGCGUUAGCCCAGAGGCCUUGAGCAGCAGUAACAACAGCAAAAAGGGCAAGGGGAAGAAUGCGGCUGAUAACGCCGAGGGCGGCCACGCCAGCACCACCCUGACGAAGCUGACCGCCAUGGCGAGCGGGCAGUGGAGCAAACUAUCCAGAGACCUGUCCGUCCCGCAAAGCCAGCAGGCCAGGUUCCUGCGGGCCGCGUCUGUGCUCCCCAACGUCGGCGUGUCCGUGGAGGACGUCAAGGCCGGCUCCCUGACGGUGGCGCUGAAGCGACUCAACGCCGUGGUGGAGCGCGAGGGCAGGAUUUUCGCCCCCAAGUACCCCAAGCCGCAGACGGAGGGGUGGUUCGUGGUAGUGGGCGACCUGGCCGCGGACGAGAUCGUGGCGGUGAAGCGAGUCGGCUGGUUCUCCCAGUCGUCGUCUACAGGAGGCAAAGGGAGGAAGGAAAGGGGAGGCGUGGGCAGCGGCGGCAUCGAGCCCGGAUCGAAACCAAUGGCGAAGGCCGUGAUUAAGCUUCCGGACCCAGACCCGGACAGCGAGGCUGGGAGGAACGGCAGGAAGCUGGACGUACUGGUGGUCAGUGAUGCGUACGUCGGCAUGGAGUACCGGGUAACCGGUGUCCAGGUACCAGGCCUCCCCGUGGUGGAUGACGAUGUGCGCAAGACAAAGGAAGCAAGGUAAAGGGAGGGGUCUAAAAGGAAGCAGUGUAGUGGGCAUGUAUAGGGAGAGAUGGACGAGAGGGGACAGGCCUGAUAGAACCAAUAGAGACGGCAUCUGAGAUGAUGAGAUAAGAUUAGAAUUUGGAUGGUUAGAAAUUGUGCGUGUUUUCGUAUUUCAUGGGGCUGUGAUGAACUCUAUCUAAGCAUACCAUAUUACCG